UUACUGAAUCUUAACCUGGACAGAGACUUUAGGUCUUCCCGCUCCAAGCGAAUAUUACUUCUGGCUAUUACUACUCUCCCAAAUUUUGUUAUUUCAUAAAAGAAACCGUUAGGUUAAAAUUUAUUUAUGAAAAAUAGGUUCCCGUUCGAUAAAAGAAUUUAUUCAUGAAAUACAGGUUUCUGUUUGUUGUGACAACAUAUUUAACCAACAUGCAAUGCCUUACAUACCUAGCUAGCUAUAUACUCAAGUCUUGACUGUUCACUGUUAUGGGAGGUCCAAAUAGCUAGCUAGCUAUCUUUAUUUAAAAUGACAGAAUGCCUUGAAAAAUCUUUUGUGUAGCUAGCUACAUAAAAAUAAUAUAUUUAGCUCUUGUACUUUAUCACGUCAUUGUUUAACAACAAAUGUGCCCCUGGAGUGCUGGCAUGGUACUAGCUAGGUAGCUUAAAAUCACAAAAUAAGUAUUAUCCAGAUGCGACCAUCUUUCAUCAUCAGACAUCAGAAAGGCGUUUCUGUUCUUUACUUCUCAUUGUAAGGUACCUCAAAUUCUUGUAUAUCUAAUGAAAAAAAAAUACUUAAGACUUCCUUAGUUCCCACCGCGUCUCGUUCACAAGUUUCAGCGCUGGCCAAUAUGACGGACAACGUUGAGGAACCCUGGGUAAUUUUGAAAAAAUGUGAUCCUGCCUUAUGAUUUUCAUUUUUUUGCUGCUGAUAUCAGCAUAUUUUAGCCCUCGAGUGCCAUACCUCCGUAUUUAUAGGAGUUAAUUAUCUUUAAUUAAAAAAAGUUGAAAUUAUAAACAACAACUUGUUUUUACCUCUGAUUUGGGCGAGCUCCGGUCGAAUGAGAAUUAAAUUUUUAUUUCUUACUACCUUUAAUGCAACUGCAUACAAUUUUUUUGAUAUUUCAAAUUAUACUUUGGAGUCAUUCUUUUUCUUACUUCUUUCUUUUCGUUGUUCUUUUCCUUUAAAACUUUCGAGUCUCUGGUGUACAAAGCCACAUUUUUUUCUUUUCGGUAUUGCUCAAUUGAAUCGUUUAAUUCUUUCAAAGAAAAGAAUUUUGUACCCAAUUCCAGAAAACAUAUUAAGAAUUAAAACCCACUCUGGUACACGGACUUCUAUCUUACGAAACAGUGUCCUCCUCCCGGGAUACUUAGUUAAUUGGCUCUGCGCAGGAGAGAUAAAUGCAUACCUAAAUAAAUGAAUACCUAAAUGCAUACCUAAAUAAAUGAUUACCUAAAAAUUAUUUGUCCGCACUUUAUUAAAGUGCGGACGAAUAUCCACUUCGUAUAUUUUUACGAAGCAGAUUUUUUGAGUUUUUCUGAAGGCCAGUUAUGAGAUUAAGGUUGCGUUUUUGAGAGAACAGAUUAAAUAUUUGAGAAUUUGAACUUGGAUUAUUUAGAGUUAAUGUACGAGAAAUUGAGAUUGAAACUUAGUUUAGUUCCUUUGAUUAACUUCGUAUUAAAACAUUGGAAUUUUUAAGAGCUAAAAAGAAGAAAAUUUAAGAACUUGUGUGCGACGGAUUGUUAUUUACUACCAAAGAAUCGAAGAUAGAGUUAGUAACCAAUUUAUUUAUCCAUAAACAUUUUCAAAAUAAAACUGUUGCUUUGUCUUUCGGUCCUGGGUCCCUUGGGGUUUUGCGUUCUUUGGAUAACCUCACUUAAUAACCACGAAUUUCUUGUGUUGGAAGGCGAGUUACAGUCACAGAUUUUAUGAUCUUACAGAUGUUUUAUGGCAUAUUUUCAAAACGUUUAAAGUUGAGAAAAAAAUGAGACACACGAUUUAAAUUCAGACUAUGCUGAAGAUGUGGACAUAUUCUUUUUUCUGUACACUGGUAUACUUUUGAGACUAAUCCCUUCACAGACACCCACUUUUUAAGACUUUCGACUACAUUUUUUUUCUGUUACAACAUUUUAAUUUUUUUUUAUAAUAUUGUAGAACAAACUUUUGUUAACAAGUGCAUAUAUACUUUUAUAAUGCUUUUUUAAAAUGAAAGUGGAAAAUAUGCUUUAUACAGAAGAGGUGUAAUUUACCAUACCGCUACCUUAAAUUUUUCAACAAUAUCAAAAUAAUAAAAAAAAUACAGACAAGAAUGUGUAGCUAUAACGACAGUUAAAGAAGACCUUUUGUAAAAAGAUAUGAACUCAAAAUUUUUUUAUUACUUGUAAAAUAAAGUAAACAUACUCUUUUUGUUUACUCUUAGUAUUAAAAAUUGUUUUUUGAAGAGAAUGGCACUGUAGGAUUUUCGUUUAGCAAAGGCAAAGUGAAAGUUCAUUAAUCAUGUUGUUAGACAGGUUUCAGCAAGUUUUAUCAGCUUUAAACGUACAAUAAAGCUAACUGUGGCAGUAAUCUAUGCUUUAAAAAAUUACCAACGCAGCAUUUUGGUUUGCUCGAGAUUCUCAAGCUUAAAGCUGGUAAAGCCUUGCUUUUAAAGAGAGCAACCAUGACUAACAAAAAAAGAUACGUCGUUCAAUGCAAACAAUGAUGUGUAUUUGUUAAAGGCCAGUCAUCAUUAUCAAUGCACCUUCAUCUACUUAUAAUAACAGUGACUAAAAAAAUAUAUGGGGUAGUGAAACAUUAUUUUAAAAAGCAUUUUUGGGCGAUUGCAGUUUAUAAACAAAAUUCGCUUUCACCGUUAUUUUUACUAUAUGUGAAACUGUAGUGUCCUUUAUUUUCAUUUGUUUAGAGGUUACUGGUAUCAGUAGAUUAGAUUGCCUAGGAUAUAUCAAUGGUUGCGGUUUCGCUAAUUACACAUAUGAUGAUUUAGCCACGCCAUUUAUCAGUUGCUGAUUCCACUGAAUUGAAGAAGUUCAUCUAUAAUGGAUAAUAAUACUGAAAAAUUACAUUUAUAUUUGCGCAGUAAGAAUGGCAUGUCUUUAAAUGCCCUUAAGAAACAAUUUCCGAAUAUCACUGACUUAGAGACUGUUUUAUUGAACUCUCCAGAUCUUUUUUGGAUUUCUAUUCGCGAUGCAAAGUACAAAGAGGUUAGGGCUAAGCUUAAUAUAAAAUUGUGCUAUCGUUAUAUGUCGAAAACAUGUAAAAGAAAAUGUGGUUGUGUGCAUGUAUGCAAAGAUUUUAUAUUAUCUCGAAAGUGUUGCCCAACACCUUGCAAAAAUGGGCUUUCUCACACCGUUUUAAAUCCGCAUAACUUUCGCCUGUUGUCACAAUACAAGUGCUCAAUGAUGGAGACGCUCUUGCGGUCUUCUUUUCCGCGACUAUGUAAAAGCUUUCAAGAAAGUGGUACAUGCAAACAGGAAUUUUGUGGAUAUUUGCAUUUGUGUCAAGAAUUUGUUUUUGGUUUAUGUUCUGGCGCUUGCAAGUUAGCGGCAUUUAGUCACAUUCCAUUAACAGAAUUGCAUAAUGUGCAGUCCUAUCAUAACGAGAAAGUAUUUCAAAUGUUUAGUAUAAAUGCAGCCACAAAAGAUCACAAAACUCUCUUUCACAAUGUUCUCACUGGUAAAGAUACUUCCCCAGUCCACAAAUCUAAUACCAAGCAGGUGUCACCAGCUCAAUGUACAAAGAAGGAAGAAAAUGGUCCAUUGUUAAUUUGCUCUCACUACAUCAAAGGUAAUUGUCGAAAUAAAAAUUGUCCUCGGUUACACAUGUGUAAAGAAUUUCUGGUGGAUGGAAGUAAGUGUAAUCUAAAGGAUUGCAAGUUUGGUUUUUCCCACAGUCCUUUAGAUGCACACAACAAAAAGAUAAUGUUAAAAAAUGGAAUUCAAGAUAAAAAAUCAUCAGAGUUACUUAAACACCUUCGUGGUUCAUUUCCACGUGUGUGCAGCUACUACCGAGAAAAAGCUGGUUGCUCUAAACCUCAAUGUCCUAGAAUGCAUGUAUGUCUUAAAUUUUGCAUUGGCAAAUGCGCCAACUUGAAUUGCACUUUGUCGCAUAAUUUGAAAGACAAGCACAACUUAACAGUUCUAAGGCGCUUUUCGCUGCACAAGAUAUGGAAUAAGAAUAAAUCCACGGAAAGGGGAUUUAUUUUAUCGAAUAUUUUGUUCUCCAGUAGGAGCCAUACAUAUCCCAGGAAAAAGAAUUGGAGAUGUGCAUCGACAGGAAAUAUUACAGGAUGGAAUUCAACAUACCUAUCGACCUUAAGUUUAUCUGAAAAUUUGGGCUUGGAAAAUGGUGUAAUCGAAGAAUCUUAUUGGGAUUUAUCUGAGGAGGAAGAAGGUAUCGAAUUAGAUGAGAAGGAAAGCAUUGACUUGGAAGAGGAAGAAAGUGUUCCGAUGAAAGAUGAAACACCAAGUCAAAAGGAUGUGUUUUAUUACAUCCUUGAAAAUCGAUUAGAUGGUAUUUGUUCAAUAUCUGAUUUAUGUCACUACCUUCACCUGGAUAAUGAAGUAUCUACCCUUGUAUGGUUACAAGAUUACGAGCAUACCUUUCGAAUUGUCACAAACUCAAGCAACCAGCAAAAUGUUUAUUUGUGCCUCUCUGAAGUUCGACCGUGUAAUAAAUAUUGGCAAAUGGGUGUUGGCUGCACAAACUCCAAUUGUCAAAUGUUUCAUGUUUGCCAAGCUUAUCUAACAGGGAAGUCGCAUAAUAUGCGCACUUGUAAGUUGAAUCAUAACCUAAAAGAUCCACGAGAAAAGAAGCUAAUGCAACAGUUGGAAUGGUCUGUGAAUGAGGAUCAAUUAUUACUAUUACUUAAAAUGCGAUAUCCAUACGUUUGUUCAUAUUAUACAAAGGAGAAUUGUGAAUAUGGUGAAGAAUUAUGUCCCAAUUUACAUGUUUGUGUCAAUUUUAUGGAAGGUAAUUGCAAGAAGCAAGGUCUCUGCCGUUUUAAACAUGACAGUGCUGUUUCUGGCAAGCAAGCAAUAAGGUUGAUGAAAGAAUAUCAAAUAGAUGACGACGAUUUUCGAACUUGUGUUAUUAUACCAGACUCAAGGGAAGAAGACAUAAAAAGUGAUGUUACGUCUCUUGAUGUGUUUAAUUGGCUAAAGGAAGAAGGAAUAUGCCGAAGUUUUUUAGUCGAUAAAUGUUCUUCAGAGUCAGACUGUCAUUUGGUUCACCCACCCAACAAAUCACCAUAUCUUUGGCAGUACAAAAAGAAAUGCAACAAUGAAGUUUGGAAAAAUUUUCCACAAGACAUUAAUUUAAGCAUUGAGAAAAAAUAUUGUGACCCAUCUGCUUCCCAGUUUAUAAACGGAAAGCUUCAUAUAAUAUUCUCCUCUGGUAUAUCUCCUUAUGGCAGCUAUGACGGAUAUAACGUUACUGUCCGCCGAUUGUCCACAAUGUCAUCCGUACAGACGGCCGCAGAAGAAGCUUUUAUAUCAACUGAAUGGAAAUGGUAUUGGCUAGGGGAUUUGAAACAGUGGGAAGAAUACAAGUGCAAUGUUACAAGUGAUGUUAUUGAGAAAAAGUACUUAAAAUUGAAAAAACGUUAUUAUUUUUCCACCAAGCAGUUCAGGUAUAAAAUUUCUUUUCGAAGUAUGACUCAAAAAAAUCUGGACGAACGAUAUAAAACGAAACGGGUAGUGCUACGUCGACCUGUAUACAAGGAAGCAGAAUCAAUAAGGUCAUACUCACCAAAAUUAUAUCUUUCAUUCAGAAAAAAGUUAGCUUUUUCUGCAUUAUAUCGCACACCUUCGCAUUGGCCCGACAACUUUAAACCUGGACAAAGAAUUCCACUGCAAGAUGAUGCCAUUCACAAGAAAAUCGAAGAUUCGUUUAUAUUAACAAUGCCAACGUAUGAAGUUAUUUCCAUAGAAGAAAUUUGCCAUAGUGCUCACUUCGCAAAAUUUCAAAUAAAAAAAGAUGAGUUUUCGAAAAGGUUAACCGAAAUUAAUGAAAUGACUUUAUACCAUGGAACUAGCCACACCGUUAUUGAUCAAAUCUGUGUUCAAAACUUUGACUGGAGGGUAUCUGGGAAGAAUGCUACUUGCUUUGGUCAGGGAAGUUAUUUUUCUAAUAACGCAAGGUACAGUCAUAAAUAUUCAACAUCAGAUGCAUCAGGAAUCUUUUAUAUGUUUGUCGCUGAAGUUUUGGUUGGACAGUAUGCUAAGGGUGAUUCGUCGAUGAAGCGUCCUCCAAACUUACCAAAUUCUGACGUCGAACUUUACGACAGCUGCGUUAAUGACGUAAACAAUCCAAACAUUUUUGUCAUCUACGAAAGAGACCAAUGUUAUCCAAGAUACCUUAUAUCGUACAAACAACGACUUAGAUAUAGAACGUCUAUUUUAGAAGAAGAGCUUUAAACAUGUAAACAGAAAUCGUUAUACUUCAAAGUCAUGGCAUUCUUUCGUAUUGCUAUUUCUACAAUGAAGGACAUAAGUUGGAGAAAAAUUGCUUUUAUAUCUAUCCGUAUCAAGGCACAUCACAGAAAUCAUUUUUAAAGUAAAUCACUGUUUAACACAUAAACCUGUCUUAUGCGAAAAACAUCGUUGAAUUACUUUUUUUUGCACCUACUUUUUUUGAGCCCCGGUUUAGUGUUCAAUGAUCGAUCAUGGUAUGCAGAGACUACAAAAAAACAAUUUACCCUGCUUCCAUCCGAUAAAAGAUUUUACCUUUCACCAGUAUGAAAAAUUGUGCACAUAAAGGAAUCAGUUUUUGCAAGUUUAAGGAGUCUUCGUAAGUUUCGCAAAAAAGACUUUUUGCGAAAGCUAUUAUUUCUUUUUUAAAACGCGAUUUAUACUAUUUUUUUCCCUGAUUUAUCAGAACUUAUGUAAUUUUUAUGUGAAGUUUAACCUCUGUGUAUUUUUAAUCUUUGCCUCUCCUACAAAGGAGCCCUAUAAAAAACAGUAUAAAUUGGCAAAAAAGUUAUUAUUGUGUUUCGCGAAAUUUAACUUUAAGGGUGUGUGGUAUAAUUACUAUUUUUCGGUAUGUAACUCAAGUAUUAUUAGAACAACAGCUAUUAAUUGAUUUUUAUGAUUUACAUUCACAGUUUGUAAUUAUCUAUAAUAUAAUACCCGUAUACGUCUGUCAGGUCCGUCCGUCCGUCCGUCCGUCCGUCCGUCCGUCCGUCCGUCCGUCCGUCCGUCCGUCCGUCCGUCCGUCCGUCCGUCCGUCCAAGCUAACACUAGCUAAGCACAAUAAAUAGUUUCACAUGUGUUGUGAAACGAGCUGUCUUGUGAAAGAUGUUUAUAUAGUGGGGAAAACAAAUAGUUGCGAUCUAAGGGAAGAUUAGUAUUUGGCAGAGGCUGUUCGAAAUUUUACAUGUCUUUACGAUAAAAAUUGCAAAGAUUAUCGAGAAAAAUAUGGAGUGGCAAAUGCUUGGAGAAAAGUUGAACAGAAAUUGGGAUAUGACACUCGUUUGCAGCGCAGAACCCCUGGCGCUAAGUAUCAUAUCGGCUUUUUGCAGGAGAGCUUUCGAAAGGAGAUGCUGUUUUGCGAUUUUGAGAAAUUGCUAAAAAACUGCCAUGUUCCAAAAAUUUAUGAAAUUUAGGAUUGUAGGUGCUCAUCAUAUAAGGGCUACUUAUCUGUUUUAAGAGAAAUAUCUAUAUUUCUGUCAUUUGAGAAACGAAUUAUUUUAGCGAAUUCGUUUAUACCGUCUGAAGUAUUGAUAUUAAUCUAGCCCUUACUACUGGUCAUCUCUCGCGAAAACGGAAUGAGUGCGUAGCAGAGUUCUUGAGUUGGGUUUUGAUCCUGCGCAGGUCCGAUUUAUUUUCAAGACUAUACAUCGUUAUUAUUGUGAAAUAUUACUUAGGGAGGUAUUUAAGAGUAAAGAUAAUUUAAUUUAGUGCUAUAUCCAAUUUAUCUGUAUAAGUCCGACUUUAUCGUUUGCGAAAGGUGAAAAAAACAUUGUGAAGUACAUCAUUAGAUCUACAAGAUUUGAUCUAUUGCGUGCUUCUCAUAUUGCCGCUCAGUAAUGGAUGUUUUUCUGUCGCAGUAAAAAAUGACAGCGGUGUACCACGUUUAGGCUAUAUAAACUACAUUUACUUGUUUUUCGAUAAUUUAAGUCGACUUUAAUUAGCUUUAGUAGGCUAACCACCAUUCCUCCCAGUAAUUGUUAUGUCAAUAUAGUUAAUGAAUCAUUUUCGGCAGGCAAAUGGUCCAGUUUGAAUGUUAUUUUAUUUUAUUUGAAUACCUUAUACAACUUUGCAUAUUUUAUAUUUAAGUAAAGUUAUCAAAUAUUCAUCAGAUUAUAAAGUCCAAACAUGUUUUUAAUAUUAAUACGAUAUUCAUAGCAAUGGAAAGGCGGCCAUAAAUUAUAUAAUGGCUAAUUCAACUUGUCAAUAUAAGUCACAUGACUGUACAUAUCGAAAUAAGACUUUUAAAAUAUGAAAAUGUUGUUAGUUCUUAUUCGAAAGAAUGGAA